ACCCGGGAUAAUUGUCAACGAAACUAUCAUCGGCACCUUGUGUCGAAGGAGAUCCUGAGGAAAGAAGUAUCCGGCGUGUGUCAAGUGUGUUGUUUCUCUUGUGCUGAUGUCUCAACUGAGAAUAAUACAGUAUUAGCAAGACUGCUACCAGUAUUUGGCCCAAGGAAGUUUCUAAGUCAAGGACCUAUGAACAUGCAGCCCGGAAGACCAGUGAAAACAUCCUCGGUAGGCACCACACGAUCCUGGACUGGAACAGAAAUGAAAAGGAAUGGAACAACCUGCGAUUGGGGUUGCACUGAAACAGAGACAUUGUAAUCAGAGGGAAAUCACAUCCCCCAUAGACAGCUCUUCAGACCACAGCCGUGUCUCCUGUUCAAAUAUGACAUCUGAGCUGGAGAGCAGUUUGACCUCCAUGGACUGGUUGCCCCAGUUGACUAUGCGGGCGGCCAUCCAGAAGGCAGACAUGACCCACGGUGCCCACGGGCCGGGCCUGAGCAAGAAAAGUGCUCUACCAGACCCCCACACCACACUGGAUCAGGAGGAGGCAGCACAACAUAAAGACGGCAAGCCGCCCUACAGCUAUGCCAGUCUCAUCACCUUUGCUAUCAAUUCUUCGCCAAAGAAGAGGAUGACCUUGAGUGAAAUCUACCAGUGGAUCUGCGACAACUUCCCCUACUACCGGGAGGCUGGCAGUGGCUGGAAGAACUCCAUUCGGCACAACCUUUCUCUGAACAAGUGUUUUCUCAAAGUGCCUCGCUCUAAAGAUGACCCCGGAAAGGGAUCCUACUGGGCCAUUGACACAAACCCAAAGGAGGACUCAGUGCCCAGCAGGCCAAAGAAGAGACCGCGCUCUGGAGAGAGGGCCUCUACACCGUACAGUCUGGAGUCGGACUCCCUGGGAAUGGAGCGAAUCAUGCCUGGAAGUGCCUCUCCUGCUCUGGCAAUCAACACUGUGACUAACAAGGUAGCGUUGUACAACACGGAGCAGGAGGGCAGCGAUAGUCCUCGGAGCAGCCUUAACAACAGCCUGUCAGACCAGAGCUUGGCCUCAGUUAAUCUCAACAGUGUUAGCAGCGUCCACACCUACACCCCGGGCUCUGUUCAUUCGGAGCCGGCGUCCCAGUCUCUCAGUCUGCAGGCUACGGCACAGCCUCUCUACACUGUACCGACUGACCGUGACAAACAGCUGCUCUACUCUGACUUUGAAGAUCUGAGUGCCUCCUUCCGUAGCCUUUACAAGUCCGUUUUUGAGCAGUCUUUCAAUCAGCAAGGUCUCAUGAACAUGUCCAGUGACUCUUCUCAACAGAGUCGAACCUCCUGCUCUUACCAGCACUCCCCCAAUACGACAGUCAACACACACAAUACGCUCCCACACAGCCAGAGCAGCAACAGCGUCACGCACACACAUCCGCACGCGCUCCAGACUCAGAGCGCACACAACUCCCCUCACGGACAGAGCCUGUCCCAGCAGCACCCGGGGCACGGGCCGCAGCAUCACCCCCCGCACCCGUCCCAGCACGCGCAAGCCCACGCUCAGCACAUGACCCAGCACGCGCCUCAACACGCCCCGCCCUCUCACCACCCCCACGCUCAGCACCCGAACAACCACCACCAUCACCACCACCACCAUCAUCAUCAUCAUCUUCCUCCUCCUCAUCACAACCACCAGCAGCAUCAACAGAACCACCAGCAUCACGUCUCAGCCGCACACUCGCCCCACUCCACACAGCAACAGAUGACCUGCAACACCGGGCUUCCUUCAGACUGGUAUCAUAACCUGGACGCACUAAAAAAAAUUUGCCACAUCGCUAGCAGCUACAACUGGGCUGAUGUGGACUUGUCACCGUUCCAGGAUCUGAAGGAAAGUAUGAGACAGGCUGAUCUAAACAACUGGUCACUGGACCCGGGUCAGAUAGCGGACCUCUGCUCUUCCAUCAACCAGUUCUUUGCCCGCACUGGAGUCAUUCCACCGCAGUCCCCUGUGCAGAGUCCUGUCUGCCAUACACCACUGCACCCCAGCAAAGCCAACCAGCAUAUCAACACAGGAAAUAUGUACAUGGACUCCAGACAGGCUAUGUCUCCCAUGAUGGCCCCCACUGGAUAUUCACAUAUGCCCUCCAUAAGCAGCACUGGGCCGUCUAUACCAGGACACCACGCUCAUAUGAAUCAGCAGCACAUGAUGCCUGCCGGAAGUUUCCACAUGCGGCGUAUGGCUGCUGACGACAUCCAGGAUGAUUUUGACUGGGACUCUAUUGUCUAGCCCAAACUCCUGAAGAACACUGUAGGUGGGGCUCAGAACAAGAGCCAGAAGGGGAGUUCAGAGCUGGCCCAACCACGCCGCGGAGGG